ACGACGACGACGGGUAUGGACUGGGCGAAGCUGCUAUCGCCCCAUCAAGGGACCGACUGGACCUUGGCGGAGGACGCGGCCUUGGCCGUCCAGCUCAAGCUCUUCUCGCAGACGCUCCUCGCGCGGACCAAGGCGCUCGAGAACUCGAUCUGGGAGCUCGGACGGGACGCGGAGCGCGCAGACGUGCGGCUCAACAACUCGAUCAACCAGUUCUUAAUGCUGAGCGACAGCCAAUUCAUUGAGAACCGCGUGUACGAAGAAGAGGAAGACGAUGUGGUCGUGGCACCGGCGGACGCGGACGGAGCGGCGCAGCCGACGAGCGACGACAAGCCGGUCGAGCCCGAGCCGGCCAAGGACGAGCCGGCCAAGAAGAAGGACAUCCAGGUCGUCGAUCAGUAUCGGGCGGCGCUGGAGAUGGGCAUGACCGCCAUGAAGCUCUUCUCGGUCGGCAACGACGAGGACGACGAUGUCGUCGACAUUUACAACGAGCGUCCAUUGCCGUUUGUCAUUGGCACGAAGGAGUUUCUCGAGGAUGAGUACUUGGGCCUCGGCGCGGCGCCCGACUCGGACACGGACGACGACGGCAGCGAGGCGUACAGCAGCUCGGACGUCUCGGAGAGCGAGGACGAGUCGGAAGAGGAAGAGUCCGAGUCGGAAGAAGACGGGUCAGACGAAGAUGAAUCGGAAGAUGACGAAGACGAGGUGCAGCACGAUAGCAGUGCACGCCCUCGACCGCCAAUGCCGCCGAUGCCGCCAAAGCCAGCGGCUGCCCACGUCGACGACUCGGACGACUCGGACGACUCGGAAGACCUUUUCGGCUUCAAGCCGUCGACGGCGUCCAAGCCUGCGCCGCCCAAGCGCGGUGGCCUCUUUGGCGUGGACAGCGACGACGAGAGCGAGGCGUCGGGCCACGAUGGACACCACUCGUCGCUCUUUGCCGCCCAAGAAACAAAGACUGGUGACUUGUUUGACGGUCGUGCGGCGCCACCGCCAGCUGCACCUACGGCCCGCCCGCCCGUGAACGACCUCUUCAGCGAGCUCAAGGCCUCGGCCGCAGCCCGGCAGCAACCCAAGCCAGCGUCGACCGGCCAAGCGCUGUUUGGCGAAAGCGACAGCGACGCCGAAUCGACGAGCAGCGGCCUUUUUGGCUGCCAGUCAACUGUCAACAUGUCUCGAAAGGCGUCCCUUCCGCCGGCCACGAAACCAGCGUUCGACGUGGAUUCCGACUCGGAGUCGAGCUUGUUUGGGUCCUCGCGUGCGCAGCCCAAGGCGCCGGUUGUCCCCGCACCAACGGCAGCGCCGUCCCUGCCGCCGCCGCAGCAAUCGAAGCGACUCUUUGGCGACACCAGUGACGACGACGAUGACUCGAUGGGCCUCUUUGGCCGCCCGGCAGCCAAAUCGACGCCGGCUGCGCCCGUCGCGGCACCGCCCGUGUCGGCACCCCCUGCCGCGCCAAAAAAACCGGCCAUGUUUGACAGCGACAGCGACGACGACGACCAUGGUGGCUUAUUUGGCGCACCGAAAAGCAAGCCGACAAAUGCGGCAGCUCCGAUGGACACGAAACCGGCGGCCCCGAUGGCUCCGGUGCCGCCACGAAUGACACCGGCCGCCAAGCCAAACACCCUCUUUGGCAACGACAGUGAUGACAGCGACGACGACGGCGGUGGCUUGUUUGGGGCGCCCAAGGCGGCGCCGACACCCUCGAUUGCGGUACCGCCACCAAAACCUGUCGCGCCACAGCCCCCAGUGGUCUCGCAGCCCCCAGUGGUCUCGCAGCCUCCUGUGGUCUCGCAGCCUCCUGUGGUCUCGCAGCCUCCCGUGGUCGCGCCUGUGGCGACGAGGGCGCCGUCGAAAGCGUCCAACCUAUUUGGCGGCUCUGAUGACGACAGUGAUGACGAUGGUGGCCUCUUUGGCAAGCCGCCGCCGGCCAAGCCUACGAUGGUCACAAUCACCGAGACGACAACAACGACGACGACGACGACGAUCGCGCCGCAGACGCGACUGCACAGUUUAUUUAAAUCCGACGAGGUCGACGCGAGUGCGUCAAGCGCGAGUCUCUUUGGGACGCCGCAGCGGCCGUCGUCGCGCAAAAACUUGUUUGCGCCCGAGCCCAAGACGUCGAGUACGCUCUUUGGCGACGACAGCGAUAACGAGUCGACGGCCAGCGGCCUCUUUGGGUCGUCCAACAAGAAGCCGGCGCCGGUCGUCGCACCACCGGUGGUGGCUGCGCCAGCCGUCAUUGUGCCCAAGCCGAUCGCGCAGCCGCCCAAAGCGGUUGUGCCCCCGAAACAGGAGAGCGACGACGAGUGGAGCGACGACGAUAGCAAUGGUGGUGGGCUCUUCGGACGCGCGUCCUCGAGUCUGCAACCCAAACCUACGCCCGCUCCGUCCACGGCCUCCACGUCGAAUUUGUUUGGCCAGCCCAUGGCGGCGCCCGCGCCCCAGGCAAGCCUCUUUGGGGCGCCGUCGGCAGCGACACUGCAACCCGUAGCGUCGCUUCAGCCUGCUGCGUCGCUCUACUCUGCUGCCUCUCUGCAACCGGCGGCUUCCCUUCAAGCGGCGGCGCCCCUACAGCCUGCGGCGUCUCCACAGCCCGCAAUGGUAGUCCAGCCCAGCAACACAAGUCUCUUUGGUCAACCGUUGACUGCUGCGCCGGCGCAAGCUAGCCUCUUUGGCGCAUCGUCCUCGUCGAGUUCGCUUUUCGGGGCGGCGCCAUCGUCGAGUCCGCCGCUGCCGACGGCCGCCGGGUCGUCCCUCUUUGGUUCGGCACCGUCUACUGGCCCAUCGCUCCCAACUGCGACAAGCUCGUCUCUCUUUGGCUCGAUUUCAACGUCGGGCCCACCGGCUCCCGCUGCCAGCAACUCUUCCCUCUUCGGUGCGGCUCCGUCGUCGAGCACGGCGUCCCUAUUUGGCGCGUCGGCAAGUCCGGCUUUGCCGACGGCUGCGGGCUCUUCCCUCUUCGGCUCGGCGCCGUCGUCGGGUCCUCCGUUGCCGACGGCUGGAGGUGCGUCGCUUUUUGGUGCUGCACCAGCUAACCCACCGGCGCCGGCGACCUCGAGCCUUUUCGGUAACGCCAGUGCUGCGGCGCCAGCGACCACCAGUCUCUUUGGCGCAGCACCGGCCACGGCCAAGCCCGCCGGUGUAGCACCGCCGCCGCCACCGGCCGCCCGGCUCUUCAAGGCCGACGAUUCGGACUCGGAGGGGUGGUCGGACGACGAGGCGUCGCUCUUUGGGCCACCCAAGAAAAAGUAGUGCGUUCUGCUAUGCUCGUCACACACUUUCAUUGCACGACGAUAAAACAUUCAAAGUUAUGACGACUAAUGUUACGAGUACAAACUAAUCUGACAUGGCAAGUGCACCGUGUCGCGUGG